UUUCUACAAUUGAUAUUCUUAAAAUCUAACCGCUGACCUUAUGCCUUAACCUUGAAUUAACACAAAAAAUUGUAGCCAAUUUUGACCUCGUAACUGUGGAAUCUGAUGAGAUCUAGCUAGCUAAAUCUUCUGGCUUGAAACAGUUCAGGGAUAACAAAUAAUGGCGACGCUUCUGGGGUUGGAGUCCCCUUGGACUGGAGGGAAACGAAGUGUUCGUAAUGGAAAUAUUACUGCAAAGAUCAGACAUAGUCAGAUCGUUGGCCGGGGUUUCAGCCGAGGGACACAGCUCCCAGAAGCUCUUCUCCAGGAGAGGGAUAAGCAGGCCAAAUGGCACAGUAUCCCCGAGCUGCUGCAGAAGCUCCAUGAAAGCAGCCAUCCCAACAGUGACCUCUCCCACACACACAGUGUACUAAAGGAACUAUCAUCCCUACUUUCCAUGGAGGCGAUGUCUUUUGUCACAGAAGACAGGAAGAGUGCUCAGGAAUCAACCUUUCCCAUCACAUACACCUUUGACCUCUUUGGUGGAGUCGAUCUGCUUGUAGAGAUCUUGAUGAGGCCUACACUCACUAUGCAAAAGAAGAAACCUAAAAUGAAUGAUGACUUGGUCAAUGACUGCCUUAGUGUUCUUUACAACUGCUGCAUAUGUACGGAAGGGGUAACAAAGAGCCUUGCAGCCAGAGACUACUUUGUCCUGUUUCUCUUUAGCUUGAUGACGAACAAGAAGACUUUUCUACAGACUGCCACUUUAAUCGAGGAUAUUCUCGGAAUCAAGAAGGCGAUGAUCCAGUUGGAAGGGAUUGCUAACCUGUCUGGUCUGGUUCAGAGCUUUGACCAGCAGCAGCUGGCUAACUUCUGCCGCAUCCUCUCUGUCACAGUCUCAGAACCCGACGUGGGGAAUGAUGACAAACACACCCUGCUGGCCAAGAACGCCCAGCAGAAAAAAGACUCUAGCCUCUCACGUGCAGAGGUCAACCAAGUGACCCUCCUAAACAUCCCGGGCUUCAUCGAGCGCCUGUGUAAGCUGGCCACCAGAAAGGUGUCUGAGGCCACGGGGGCGUCUAACUUCCUGCAGGAGCUGGAGGACUGGUACACGUGGCUUGACAACGCCUUGGUGCUGGACGCCCUCAUGCAGAUGGCCACGGAGGAGGCUGAGCACACCAGCACAGAGUCGUCAGACGAGAAUUCGUUGGCCACCAGUCCUCUCAGGCACCGCUUGCCCCAGUCCAUGAAGAUUGUCCAUGAGAUCAUGUACAAGGUGGAGGUGCUGUACGUGCUCUGUGUGCUGCUUAUGGGUAGUCAUAGGAACCAGGUACACAAGAUGCUAGCAGAGUUCCAUCUGAUCCCAGGUCUCAACAACUUGUUUGACAAGCUAAUCUGGAGGAAGUACACCUUAUCCAAUCAUGUGGUGCAUGGCCAGAAUGAGAACUGUGAUUGCAGUCCUGAAAUAUCCUUCAAGAUCCAGUUUCUGAGGCUUCUCCAGAGCUUCAGCGAACACCAUGAGAACAAGUACCUGCUUCUAAACAGUCAGGAGCUGAACGAGCUGAGUGCCAUCUCUCUGAAGGCCAACAUACCUGAGGUGGAGGCGUUAGUCAAUACAGACAGGAGUCUAGUUUGUGAUGGGAAGAAAGGUCUCCUCACUCGUCUCCUCACUGUCAUGAAGAAGGAGCCUCCAGACUCCUCCUUCAGGUUCUGGCAGGCCAGAGCAGUGGAGAGUUUCCUUCGUGGAGCCACCUCCUAUGCAGACCAGAUGUUUCUGCUGAAGAGGGGGCUGCUAGAAAACAUGCUGUUCGGCAUCAUAGACAGUGGCUGUAAGUCCAAAGAUGUCCUGCAGAGCUACUUUGACCUCCUGGGGGAACUCAUGAAGUUCAACAUCGACGCCUUCAAGAGGUUCAACAUAUACGUCAGCACAGAUAACAAGUUCCAGACUUUCAUGAGCCAGAUCAACAGUUCCCUGGUAGACUCCAACAUGCUGGUGCGCUGCAUCAUUCUCUCCCUGGACCGCUUCGAGACCCAGACAGAGGACAGAAAAGUGGUGGAGGUGCUGUCUGAAUGCUGUCUGCUGUCCUACUUGGCCCGGGUGGAGAACAGACUAUCUUUCCUCUUCAGGCUGGUCAACAUCAUCAACGUGCAGACUCUCACACAGAGCUCCUGCAUCCCCUUCAGCUACUGGAAUGAGACCGUGUCAGUGCUGCUGGGCUCAGACAGGACUUCUCUGUGUGUCAUAGCCAGCUACAUAGAUGAGCCCUUCAUGGACCUGGACAGGGACCUGCUAGAGUGUUAACCCUAGGAGAGUUUGGGCUGGGCUUGUGGGGGGUUGCUGGAGUGUGGACACCUAUCAUGGUUGAUGACCUCGCCAAAGAGCAUAGCCAGAUCAAGGGUCACCCAGCGACCUGGAAGUGCUAUGUGACUGCGGCAGGACACCAACUCGCUGCUAUGCUGUCUGUAACUUGGCCAGGGGGCCAUUACUGAAGAUGAGGGAGGAUUCUACGAUGCUGGGCAUCUUCACUCCUCGCUCCUUUUCUCUUUGUAGGAGAAGAAGAGAGACUGCACCUGUCUCUGUCCCAGACCCCACAGUAAAGAAAUAUACAUUUAUUGGACCUUGAAAUACUCCUUUGUUGGUGGUUUGCGUUAGGUAAAAUCAAAUGAAGCCUUUUAUAUAUUACAUAAAUAUAUGGGGAAAUCUAUUUGUAUGAUGCAGCAAAAUAGAUAUAUACAGUACCAGUCAGAAGUUUGGACACACCUACUCAUUCAAGG